AGGAAUGCCGCUACGGUGCGUCUUGAAUGCUUAGAACUGAACAGCCUGGAGCUGGCAGCUGGAGCAGCGAGCUUUUGUCGGAUGUCCGCUUUGCCCGAACUAGCUCAGCUGGACAAGUUGCUGAAGUUGGAGAUUUGAUCUACCGUAGAUGCAAUCGGGUUGGAGCUUGAAGCUGGCCAGCAGGCCCUUUCAACUUGAUUAUCAUCUAACAUGUAAGCUGGUAGCUGGGGCUGCUCCUGACGACGAUGUGACCAACAUCUUCCGGUACCUGAUCGAGCAGAGCUUGCAGAGGCUUCCAGUCUUUUGCCCAUCCAAGCACGGUAGCACCCGAGCUUUCGUCGAAGUCGACUUGCUGCUUGGUCGUUAUUGCUUCAGACACUCGAGCAGGUUACAAACACACCUCCCCUUGAAAAACUGAUACAAUCGCUGGGAAGAAUUCCCUCUAACAGUAGUACUUGCCCUGCGACUUCAAGGAGCAUCCGACAACUCUUCCAGCUGCUUGUAUGUUGUGAGAGCUCUCCACACCAGCUGUCCAGUUUUCCAGCAUUCUCUGUGAUAAGCAGCAGCGAUGGCACCCACUUGCCUCCUAGUUGUGGCGCUUGCGCUCUUGUGCGUCUCGCCUUUCUCAGUAUCAGCUCAGGAGUAUACCAAUGCACUAGCAGCUGAUUACACCUGCCCGCCGGGGUUCAUACCUAUCCAACGGGGCACCUCCGACCUUGUUGAGUGCGAUGCCGAUCAGUGCUACAAUGAGGUAGUUGGCUGCGGCCCAGGCAACGUGUGUGUGCAGAACCCGUCCGGCUCCAUCGCUGGUUAUUCGUACCAGCACAUAUGCGUGUGCAACCCCCCAUAUUAUCGAGGAGACUACCAGAGUACCAAGGGCAUUGGGAAUCACAUCAGUUGCUUCAUCCCAGGUCGGGACCCAUGCAGUCCCAACCCUUGCGAGAACGGGGGUACAUGCAGCGUACAGUUUGGCAACCGUUUGGGUCCCAUCCCUGAGGGGGAGAACAGCAACCAGGUCAUCGACUUCACUUGCGCCUGCCCUUUUGGGUUUCUCGGGAAGACCUGCGCCCUUUCGGUCCCGAAUGGCCAGUACCCGACACCGGUGAAGAAGUCUAGCCCCCCACCGAGCGGCUUUCAAGGUGUUUGUGGCUUCACCUCCGCGGCCGCGUUCCCUGUCCGGUGCUACUUCAACAACGACCCUCAGGGGCGCUACGUCUGUUGCGACGCGGCCGGCUGCGACGGCUUCAACCCCCCCGACAACCUCUUCCCCCACUGCAAGGCCAAUGGCUACGUGCCACCUGGCUUCGGCGUGGGGACGAGUCCGUCUACCCCCCCGGCAACCUCGCCCCCGUCGGGCCCCCUCCCGAGUGGAUCCGAAGGUGUUUGCGGCUCGGGCGACGCGGCCUUCUUCCCGACGCGGUGCUGGUUCAACAGCGACCCCCAGGGGCGCUACGUCUGCUGCGAUGGGCAGGGCUGCGACGGAUUCAACGCCGACAACCUGACCCCCCACUGCAAAAACUACGGCUACGUGCCACCUAACUUUGGCGUCGGGGCGUCGCCCCCCUCCCCUGAGCCUCCGAGUGGCUCGCAGGGCGUGUGCGGGACCGGGGCCGCUGCAAGCUUCCCUUUGCGCUGCUGGUACAACAACGACCCGCUGGGGAGAUACAUCUGCUGCGACUCCGCGGGAUGCGACGGGUUCGUUCCCCCGGACAGCUUCUUCCCCCGGUGCAAGAGCGGAACUUACCUCACGCCAAAUUUGUAAUCUUGUGCUCGGUUUUGAAGUGUUCUGGCUUUGCAAUCUCAAUCUUCUAACCUUAUUGGGUACCUGGCGUGACAUGACUUAGUACCUUUCAAGCAAAACCCAAGUACGCAUAGAGUGUUCGAGAUAUGUAUCCAAACUUAGCCGUUUACAGUUCCUCUUAACCAAAUGAACACCAGGGCAACAAUGCAGAUGCCGAGUUCCCGGCUGAUUUGUCGUACGGUAGCGCCCUUCGAAGGCCGUACCGAUUCCGCUUCUGUGUAACUUAGGUUAAUGGUACGUGAGUCAUGACAGAGUUCCUAGCGAGACUCAGUAUGUCAUUAACCAUUUUGAUAGUGACCACAUGGAAGAUUCGCUCUUAAUUUCU